UGGUACUUCCUCUGCCGCCUGCGCCGCAACCUGCUGCGCAACCCGCGGGCCGAAGAGAAGUUCAAGCACUGGCGGCUCGAUUCCAACGAGGGAGACAAGUGGAAGGUGGAGUACCUGCCGGGGACCCACGGGACCCGCUUUCCCGGCCCGGAUGCGCGCAAGUACUUCGUCACGUCCUACGGGCUGUGCCUGAAGUCCCAGAUCAUUGACUUGAAGAAAGAAGGAUACUGGGAAGAGUUGAUGGAUAAGUGCCGGCCUGACAUCACCGUCUCAGACUGGUACGCUGCCAGGUUUGAUUGCGGGUGCCGGUACCAGCUCCAGGUGCAGCUGCUCUCUGCAGACCACCUUGUCCUCGAAGAGUUCUGUCCUGAGCCGGUGAUCAUAGACCAGUGGAGUGAUGCGAAGUGGAAGGAGAUGUCUUACACCUUCCGCAACUACAAGCCGGGAGUUCGCUACAUCCUGUUUAAACACGGCGGGCAGGACACACAGUUCUGGGCUGGCUGGUACGGGAUCCGCGUGACCAACAGUAGCAUCACCAUUGGGCCAGGAACAUCGGCGUGAGAGGAGAGCAGGGAGAUGACAACUCGUGUCCACCUCUGGGCUGUCCUCAGAGGGCAUCACAGCAUACGUGGUCACCUGUGCAAUCCUUGGGAGCUUCUCCAGGCCAGUCUCGCACCCGAAGUCAGCUUCUCUGGUCAUCUCAUUUUUCUGAUCUCCAUAUUUUCAUACCCUAGCUGGAGCUGGGAUCGCUUGCUUGUCAAACUGAGCACACCCUCCUGCAGGCCUUGCCAUCUGAAACAACCCUUUGUAUGUUUGCUUCGUUCUCUUGACUUCAGUGUAAUUCAAGAUUUCCCAUGCCAGGGAGCACCCAAGGGUGCUGUCAGCUGAGGGCACCUACCUCUGCUUAAAGCAGGGGUUGUCAGCUGUGGCCGAGUCACUUUGUAAGAGAAUUGGAACCAGCUGCAGCAUUUGGGUUUAACAGAGACCUGAGCAGGGGGAGGGGAAAGAAGAGGACCAUAUCUGCAAGAGUAUAAAACCUUCUCAUGGGUUUCAGAAAAAAGCCUUCUUUAUUUAGCCUUGGGCCUGAGUCUUGAUUUCAUGGAGAGCUUUGCUCUGGAGAGGGCUUUGCUUUUCAUUGGAUGGGGGAAUGGGCUUGGAUUCCCUUCUUCCAACUGUUUCAGGAACUUGAUUUUUUUGAUGUGAGCAAGAGUUUAGUGGCCUGACUAAAAUCUGCUUCCAUGCCCUCUGCCCUGAGCUCCCACUCCUCCUUGGCCACAGAGUCUUUUCAGAAGCAUAAAGACAAGGUGGAAGUGCCUUGGGGGGGUUUCAGCCAGGCCUCCAGGCUAUACUGUAACGAGACCCCCAGACCCUCCAUCUCCCAAGUACCACAUCUCACUAACUCGCAGAAACUGGAGCCCAAUGGCAGAUGGAGCACAAUUGAGCCAUUCAGUCCCAGGGGACAUUUCCCCCAAACUUGAGGCCUCUUCUUUGUCCACCUGGCCUGCAGUGCAUUAGUGGGUUGAUGGGGGAAGGUGUAGUUACUCUUAACACCCAGAGAGGGGCUUAGGAUUGGAGGGGAGACUCCCUUUUUGCAGACUACCUGCCUUAUGCUGUAAGGGCCCAGGUGGCUGCUGCUGUGAGCUGGCUUGAGGGAGUUCUCAGCCCUAUGUACCCAAAGCACUUUGGUAUGUCAUACACUGGGGUUAUACAGAGAAACUUGUACAUUGCACAUGGACAGAUGGAUUCUGACCAAUAAACCUCUUUUCUGAA